AUGGGUAAUACUUUAAGCUGUUGUAGUGGGAAAGGAGUCAAUAACGAUGACCAUGAACAUAAAGAAUUGAAAAGUAAUGAUUCCCUUAAUAAUAUAAUUAACUCGGAUAAACCAUUACAAAACCAAAAAGAUAUUUAUAGUGAUGAAAGAAGACAAGAAUAUGGUACUUGUGCAAUUUGUAAUAGAUAUAAUACAUCAAAAGGGCAGUGUAAAUCAUGCAACCAAAACGAUACUCAAGAUGUUGUCAAAGAAGAAGUUGAUAAACCACCAGAGGAUCUUGACAAUCAAUUCGGAAUGGAAUUGCCUAACGAAAUUAAAGAGGAUCUUGAUAAUCAAUUUGGAAUAGAGUUACCUAAUGAAAUUAAAAGUGCCGAGGGCAAUGAAGAUAAAGUUAAGGAUAAUGAUGGUAAUGACGAACCACCAGAGGAUCUUGACAAUCAAUUUGGAAUAGAAUUACCUAAUGAAAUUAAAAAUGACGAGGGUAAUGAAGACGAUAUUAAGUUAUCUGAGGCUGAUAAAGUUAAGGAUAAUGAUGUUGAUGAGGAACCACCAGAGGAUAUUGAUAAUCAAUUUUCAAUUAAGUUGCCUGAUAAUAUUGAUGACAAUGAGCCUCCAG